AUGCCAGUGGAGUGUAUUGAUUGGCAGCGUUUCGCCUAUGGCGCCGCUCUAUCGAACUCAACGCAAAGUGCUGGGGCAGCAAACAAUAAAGAGAAGACAGAAACAGCUGAUGCCUCACAAACAACUGCAGCCCCCAGCGCCGCCCCAGAACUAAAAGAGAAGGAAGGCGCUUCUGCUGCAGCAGACCAUAUGGAGCACUGUACAGACACUACAACCGCAUCUCCAGCAGACCCACCUGCUGCAGGAAGCCAGCCUCGUCCACCUGCUGCUACAGCUGCUGCAGAUGCAGCUGAGCCCGUUACGCCCAACUUGCGGCUAGCCUCGCUGCACGACACGGGAGGGGGCAGGUCUGGUUGGCUAUCGUUUGGGAGCAGCAGCAGAGGCACCGCCAGCAGCAGCGGCAAGAGCAGCAGCAAGAGUAGCAGCAAGAGCAGCAGCAAGAGCAACAGCAAGAACAGCAGCGCAGCAGGGAAGCAGCAACGAAGCGCUUCUUCUGUUCAAGCUGUUCCUGCUGCAGGGGAGGUCACUGUGAAGCGCCGCAAACUCUUGAGGGGUGGUGUUGCAGCUUGCGGGUCUACAAGCAGCGAUAGUGAAUCUGCUGCUGCUGCUGCUGUCGCAGGAGGGAGCACUCGCGCAUCAAGCGGCGUUCGGAGCACCGUAAGCAGCACGAAGAACAGCAACAGCAGCAGCAGCAGCAGCAGCAGUAGCAGCGAUGGAACGGACAGCGACGAGGAGUCGCUCGAUGCGCUGCAGCUAUGCUUGCAAGAGUCAGAGGCGAUGACAGAUUUGCUUGUGGAGGAGCUUGGGGGCCCCACCCCCGAGGGCAGAGAACGCGUGCGCAUGCAGAUAGGAGAAGGGCGCUGUCACUGCAGCACCUCUCUAGGCGUGCCUGAGGCGCUGCAGCAGCACAGCGGAGAAGGUUGGGGGCGCCUUAAAGACUAUCAGAAGUGCGGCGUUCAUUGGCUCGUAUCGAUGCACAAAGCAAACAGAAAUGGAAUCCUCGCUGACGAAAUGGGGCUGGGUAAGACGGCUCAGACUUGUGUGUUUUUCAACUACGCGUAUUCAAGCGGCUUGCUCUCAACGCCGACGCUGGUGGCUGCCCCCGCCUCGCUGGUGGACAACUGGGUGCGGGAAUUUGAAAUGUGGGCCCCCCACCUGGCGGGUAGAGUAGUGAAGUACGCGGGGAAGCAGAGCGAGCGUCGGCGGCUGGCGCUGGAGUGUAUAGACAGCUUACAGAGCCAGCAACCUUUUCGGAACAGAACAGGAGAACUGCGUAAUUUGCUGCUGUUCUUAAUGCCUGCGGUCUUCGACGCGGAGUCGCUCGAUUUAGCCCUCACCGCAUUUGAACGGCAGGCGCAGAGGCAGAAAGCAUGCAAACAAAAACCACUGGUCAAGGCAGACAAACAGCAGCAGCAGCAGCAACGGCAACAGCAACAAGAACAGCAGAAACAGCAACAAGAACAACAGCAGCAACAACAGGAACCGCAGCAACAGCAGCAGAAAGACGGAGAAGGAGACCCGCAAGAGCAACCCAAACGUUGUCCUAGUGCCACCGCAGCAGAAACGGACUCUACCCAGCAGCAGCAGCAACGGCAACAGCAACAAGAACAGCAGAAACAGCAACAAGAACAACAGCAGCAACAGCAGGAACCGCAGCAACAGCAGCAGAAAGACGGAGGAGACCCGCAAGAGCAACCCAAGCGUUGUCCUAGUGCCACCGCAGCAGAAACGGACUCUACAACCAGCUCCUCGAACGGCACAAGCAGCAACAGCAGCAGCAGCAGCAGUGAAAGCAGCAGCAGCAGCAGCAAGGAUAGCAGCAGCAAUGAGAGCAGCAGCAAAGAUAGCAGCAGUGUAUGUGAGUCGAGGGGUUUCUUGAGCCGUGCAUUUGACUCGUGGGCCCUUAAGGGCCCUGAGGGGGCCUCCGGGGUAGAGCUGCCUGCAGACGUGGUUUGUCUGCAGCGUGUGUUAUCUCCUUUUAUUCUGAGGCGUCUGAAGCAUGAAGUAAUGCAAGAACUGCCGCAAAAAACAAACAAAGUCAUUCGCUGUGAGCUCGACGGCACACAGAAAACCCUCUAUCUAGAGGAGGUCAGCAGACACCAGUCUGACCUCGCUCUCUCUCUUAGGAGACUCACUCAUGCUUUCGCACCAGAAGAGGAACGUGCAAAAAGCAACAACACCAACAGCAGCAGCAGCAGCAACGGCAGCAACAGCAGCAACAGCAGCAGCAGUGGGGGCGGGAAGGGGUCAGGUGCCGCUGAAGGACCUCAAGCAACAGGGAAGGACGCGAAGGAGACGAAAGAAAGCUCUGGUGAUUCUUUGUUUCUGAAGGACCUCAAGCAACAGGGAAGGACGCGAAGGAGACGAAAGAAAGCUCUGUUUACCUCUUUCCUUGACGUUGUUGAGGAAGCGCUACAGCUGCAUCUUCCUUCUCUUCGUUUCUGUCGCCUCGAUGGCUCUACAGUUGUAGAGGAGAGGCAACGACUAGUAGAUGGCUUCAAUCAAACAGGAGAAUGCACAGCUUUCCUCCUCUCCACUAAGGCAGGAGGACAGGGACUUAACCUCACUGCAGCACGCACCGUAAUACUCCUAGACCAAGAUUGGAAUCCUCAGAAUGACCGCCAGGCAGAGGAUCGGGUUCACCGCCUGGGGCAGACCCACGAGGUUACUGUCUAUCGUCUUUGCUGCAGAGGCACAGUCGAGGAGUCUAUACUUAAGUGCUGUCAGAGGAAGCUGGAUCUAGACAGCGCCUUUGGGGGAAAUUCUGAGGUUCUUCAAGCCGCAAUUUUGCGCGAUUCCUUAGAAAGCGGCGGAAUAGAUGGCGAGGAGCCGCUGCUGCGCUUGAGUCCUCCGCCCCCCAAGACCUCCUGCAAGGAGCCCUCAUCCUGA